AUGUAAAAAUACAUCAUUAAUAAAACAAUUCUAAUUCCUUAUAUGUAAUUGAUCAAUCGUGGCUUUUAUCAAUUUAGUUAAAAAGUUAAUCUUCCAAAAACAAUCGGAGUAUUAGGAUAUGGGGCAAUAGGAAAAGCUUUCACAGAACUAUUAUUAAAGUAACAUCCAAAAGCCAAUAUUGUUAUUCUUGACAAGCAUGAUGCCUUUUUCCCCAACGAGAAGAGAUUUAAGACUGUAAUUUACAAACAAACAAGAGAUAACCUAACACAAACACUUGACAUAAUGGGCCUAAAGGAGGGAGAUACACUAGUAGAUUUGUCGACUAAUAUUGGGUUUGCAGAAAUUUGGGCACUUUGUGCUUCGAAGGGAGUUAGAUAUCUAAAUACAGCCUUGGAAGUUUGGGAUGACAGCGAAGAUGCCAACUCAUGUCCCUAGAAUGCAGAGGAAGCAUAUAAAUUGACAUUAGGUUAUAUCAAGGACAAUGCUAAAAAAUCACCAUUCUGGUAGAAAGGUCCUACUUCAUUGUUUGAAACUGGAUUCAACCCAGGUGUAAUAUCUCAUUGCGUAAAAAGAGGUUUGGAAGACUGUGCUAAACACUAUCUUAAGAAUCCUCUAAGAGAAUAUAAUAAAAGUGAUUUGAGAAGACAUCUGGAGUAGAAGAACCAUUCGAAAUUAGCUUAAGUGCUUGGAGUACAUACAAUCCAUUGUUCUGAAACUGACAAUUAGUUAAUGGCUGAAAUCCCUAAAGAUGUCAAGACUAAGUUCUAUAAUACCUGGUCAUGCAGAGGGUUUCUCACUGAAGGACUAGUCCCUGCUUAAGUAGCCAGAGGUUCACACGAAGAUACUCAUAUUCCAAAUUGUUAUACAAUAAGAGAUGGAAAAACGAUAGUCUCGAAAAUACCAUCGGUGAACAUAUGGGCGAAGAGUUGGGUGCCUAAUGAAGACAUUACAGGGGUUCUGAUUCCUCAUGGCGAAGCUUAUUCUAUUUAAGAUUAUUUGAGCGAUCCAGAAACAGGAUACUCGCCCUCACAAUAUUAUGUUUACGAUUAUAAUCCAUUGGCGAAGGAGUUCAUAAGAAACCUACCAUCAAGUGCCACCAUAGAGAAUACUCAUCCAGAGAUGGAAGUUAUUCAUCCUAUGAAUUUCCCUUCGAUGAAAGGUUGGGAUAAAGUUGGUGCUCUCUUGAUUAUGAAAAAUAAUAGAGCCUGGUGGACUGGCAGUAUUAUGGAUGAAAUCGAUAGUUCUAAAAUAUUCAAUGGAAAGUUUGGUCCAACUGUGUUACAAGUGGUAGCAGGAGUGUAUGGGGGAUUUUUGUGGACUUGCAAACACCCAAAUAUUGGAGGCCACUUUUCUGAAGAUGUUGAAACUGAUGAUCUUAUUCGAAUUGGUGAACAUCUAAUGGGUAGAUUUAUUUCGAUCCCAGUUGACCUUAACAAAACGAAGAUUAAGGAUUGUUACAAAUUCCAAAGUUUUCUAUGCCAAUAAAUUUGA